GAAGCGGCGAACGCGACCGGGGACUUUACCGCAUCGUGCAAGGGGGGCAGCGGAUCUCGGUACCGCACCAAACUCCGCUUUCUCAGUGUCCCUUUGACUGCACAUCCGAAACUGCAUCGACGCUAUUCGACAACGAGACCGCGCGCAAAUAUAGCGCUUCCUCAGCUUCGGACGACAGUCUGUGCUGAAACCACGCGACGCGAUAUCCGGACGCAAAUCGAAGAAGAGACGCCCCCCCGCGAGCGGGAAAUAGAAUCAAGUCGACAGUCGAGAAUAAGAAAAUAAUGAGGCAUCAACGAUAAUUUUCAUUUCGCGGGACGAGAUCUAAGUGGAAGGCAUCAUCGUCGAAAAAUAAAAUAAUUUGUGUAAUAAUACAAGAUAAUCAGAACGGCAAUAAAUUUCAUCUCGUUCAGACAAAAUUCGAGUGCAAGUUGCAGAAAUCUUCAGAUGCUUGAGAAAUAUAACGAGAUAUAAUAAACGGAAAUAAUAAUAUAUAAUAAUUGAAUUACAACUUUUGUUUUUGACGAAAGAAAAGGCUCUUCACCAUCGAAGGAACAUAACGAGAUAUAGUAAAUGACAUGCUAAAAUAAUUAAAUCGUAAAAUAAAAUAUAAUAAUAAAUCGGCGACGAGUUCAAGUUGAGAAUUCAAAGUGAACGUUUUGUGAAGUUGAUACGAAUUGUGACAAAUUAAAGGAAUCUGACGGUGAUAAAAUAUCAGGCAACAUGCUUGGCGGAUACGAGGCGCAGACCGACUAUUAUCCGCAGUGGCAUCAACCGUAUAAUUAUGUCACUCAACUUCCAUACGGGCCCCUCGGCUCGGUUCCCGAUGCCGACAGUCAGUCCACAUACUGGGGAGGCGCGGAUUCCGGUAUUUCGGGGGGUAGCUCGGGGGCCGGCAGUCCCACCGCGUCGACGCCACCCCUUAUCGAGGAGAUCGGCGUCCAGGAACCGAGUUACUCGUCUCUGCAGCAAUACGUGCACCCUUCGGCCGGCCAGCCUUAUACCACCUUGCCGUACCCGCAGGGGCAACAGGAAACGUCACCCCACCAUCACCAUCAUCCACAUCACCACCAUCAUCAUCAGCCUAGUCACCGACGCGAGCAUGAGUUCGCGAACGCCCAGAUUAGCCAGCAGAUCGUCGGCGCCACCCUUCAGCAGCAUCUUCAUCAGGGCGUUCGCGAGGGUGGCGUGGCGCCCAGGCCGAAGAGGCGAAACACCGCGAACAAAAAGGAAAGAAGGAGAACGCAAAGCAUUAAUAAUGCCUUUUCUGAUUUGAGAGAAUGCAUUCCUAACGUCCCCUCGGAUACAAAAUUAUCAAAGAUCAAGACCUUAAGACUAGCUGCGUCCUAUAUCGGAUAUUUGAUGGCGGUGUUGGAAAGCGACGAGGGAGAGGAACCGCAGACCUUCCGCGCGGAAAUUCUCUCGAACGGCAGGAGGAAUAAAGCGACUCAACCUAAUCAAAACGAGUCGUGUUUGCAAUCUGCCUCGAAUCUCGGCCACGAAGAACCGACGAAGAGCAAAGGACGGACGGGUUGGCCGCAGCACAUGUGGGCCCUCGAAUUGAAGCAAGAAUCACCGACCAGCCAGAUGCAAUAAAAUAUACCGGAGACACCACUGUCAAAACAUAUCCGCGAUAUUUCACGAAAUAUCGCUCGAAACGAUCGUUCCUUUUUGCGCCUGACAUGAUUUUUUUACAUCGGAAAGAAAGUGUGGUCCCCGCGAUUUAACGACCGAUGCGUCUUUCAAACAUUUUCGAAUGUCUUGCGACUGAAUUAUAAGAAAUUCUAAAUUAUUAAGGAAUAAAAUAACGUUUUAUUAAAAGAUUCCAAAAAUCUCGAGAAAAACAUUGACAAGUCGCGGCCUGGGAAAAGAUAUAAUUAUUCGGUGUAAAAAGGGUGAAGUUAUUUUGUAUAUAGCACGCGUUCAUGAUUGUUGUGUAUAUAUACAUAGAGUUUCGUUCCUUCUGUAGCAAUCAUACUUUGAGCCAAAGAAUAUUAUUUUAACAAUGAAUCUUUUUUCGUAAGUUAAUAAUAACGCGAUUAAGUUAUAAUUAAGAUCAUGAUUUUGGGUUGAAUACGUGUCGUUGAUUAGAAUUAAGAACCUUUGUAAAGUUUUGUAUAAAGUAUCGUUAUAGAAGUGUAUAAAUUGUCGCCAGCAAUAAACAAUGUAAUAAUAA